ACAGCUCCUCCUUCCGCAGCCAUGUAGGAACACCCAGACUGAGAAGGACCCCUGGGGCCGCAGGCACACAUCCUGCACAGACACCACUUACUGAUCACACUGCAACAAGUUGCUCCUCUGCGACUACAACCUCUGCUGCCUCUGUGAUUGUAGCAGUGGUCGAAGGGCGUGGUUUGGCCAGGGGAGAGAUCGGCAUGGCCAGUCUCAACUUGAAAUGUCCAGAGCUUGUACUUUGUCAGUUUGCAGACACUGGGACGUAUGCCAAGGUCAUAAACAAGAUUCACAUCCUGGUGCCACUGGAGAUACUGAUGCCAGACACGGCGAGUGAGAAGGGAAAAGGGACCAAGCUGUUCAAACUCAUCACUGAGAACUUCCCGUGUGUUGCUUUCACUGCGAUCCAAAGGAAGUAUUUCAAUGAGAGAAAGGGACUGGAGUACAUUCAGCAGCUGUGCGCUCCAGAAUUUGGCACCGUCCUCAUGGAAGUGCAAGCUAAAUAUUAUUGCCUGGCAGCUGCAGCUGCUUUGCUGAAAUACUUAGAGUUCAUCCAGAACUCUGUCUAUGCUGCCAAGUCUCUUAAAGUGAGCUUUAAAGGGAGUGAGCAGACGACCAUGAUAGACUCAGCAUCUGCCACCAACUUGGAGCUGGUGGUCAAUAACAGAGACCACAGGAGCGAACAUUCUCUUUUAGGAGUGCUUAACCACACAAAAACCCCUGGUGGUGCUAGAAGACUACGCUCCAACAUUCUUGAGCCUCUGGUCGAUGUGGACACCAUUAACAUACGACUGGACGCUGUACAUGAGCUAUUACAGGACGAGGAUAUCUUCUUUGGCCUGAAAAAUGCCAUCGGUCAUUUCCUUGACAUUGACCAGCUGCUCUCGGUUCUCGUCCAAAUCCCAAAGCAGGAAACGGUUCAGGUUGCUGAGGCAAAGAUCACACAUGUCAUUCAGCUGAAACACACAUUGGAUCUGGUGCCAAGGUUAAGGAUGGUGUUGAAGAACUGCAACACAGCUCUACUUAAAGCCUACAGCACCUCGCUGGAAGACACCAGGUUUGACUUGAUCCUAGAGCAGAUCAAGACAGUGAUUAAUGACGACACGACCUACCUGAAGGGGAGUCUGAACAUGCGCACUCAGAAGUGUUACGCCGUGCGACCAAAUGUCAACGAGUUCCUCGACAUUGCCCGCAGAGCCUACACUGAGAUAGUGGACGACAUUGCCGGGCUAGUGAACCAAAUGGGGGAGAAAUACGGCUUUCCAAUGCGAACCAGCUUCAGCACAGCUCGAGGAUUCUUCAUCCAGAUGAAGCUUGAAGGUGUGGUUCUGCCUGGAGGGAACCUGCCUCCAGAGUUCAUCAAGGUAUCCAAGCACAAGAACAACUACGGCUUCACCACUGCAGACCUGGUGAAGAUGAACGACCGCUGCGAGGAGGCCCUGAGGGAGAUCUUUCACAUUUCUUAUGUGGUGAUAUGUCAACUGCUGAGCACCGUCCACGAGCACAUCCACUGCCUGUACAAGCUCUCUGAUGCUGUCUCCAUGCUGGACAUGCUGCUGUCACUGGCUAGCGCAUGCACCAUCUCAGACUAUGUGCGUCCAGAGUUCACAGACACUCUGGCAAUAAAGCAGGGUCGUCACCCCAUACUGGAGCGAAUGGCUGGACAGCAGCCGGUAUCGAACAAUAGCUACAUCUCAGAGGGCAGCAACUUUGUCAUCAUCACUGGACCCAACAUGAGUGGCAAGUCCACCUACCUCAAACAGGUGGCGCUGUGUCAGAUCAUGGCUCAAAUAGGAUCUUUUGUUCCAGCUGACUACGCCUCUUUUCGUGUUGCUGAUCAGAUUUUUACCAGAAUUGGUGUCGACGAUGAUUUUGAAACUAACUCUUCCACCUUCAUGUUGGAAAUGAAGGAAAUCUCUUACAUCAUCCACAAUGCAAGUGACAGGUCCCUGAUCAUCAUAGAUGAGUUGGGACGUGGUACCGGUGCUGAAGAGGGCAUAGGCCUCUGUCACUCAGUGUGUGAGUUCCUCCUCGGUCUCAAGGCGUUCACCCUGUUUGCCACGCACUUUCUUGAGCUGUGUCAACUGGAGUCUCUUUACCCAAACGUGGAAAACCAGCACAUGGAGGUUCAGCACACGCGCAGUGUUAACAAUGACGAUGAGAGUGUGGUGUACACGUAUCUGCUGAGUCGAGGAUGCUCGGAGGAAAGACACUAUGGUCUGAGAGCAGCUGAAAUGACUGCCCUCCCUUUAAGUUUAAUCCAAGAGGCAAAGAUAAUAGCCUCUAAUGUCAGCCAGCAGCUUUUGGCCAAACAUCAUAGUGAUCCAGAAACACAGAGGCAGAGAGCUGUGUACCACCUGGCCACUCGCCUCCUGCAGGCUGCCAGGAACUCCAGACUGGACCCAGACAGCCUGCGCAUGUAUCUGAAAGGCCUGAGGAAGCAGUUUGAGGCAGAGCUGCAGGCCGCAGGGCAGCCAGAGUCCAUGGACGCAGAGGAGGAGUGACUG